AUGACUUCUGCUGCAGCUUCGUCCGGGGCUGACUCCGAGCUUGGGAAGCAUACUGUCGAGACCGAACGGCAUACGCGCGAUGAUGAAGUGAAAGAAGAGGUCGAAGAUGAGACUGCAAGUGAUCGGGCAAGGAGACUGGAGAAGGAGGACAGAGCUUUGCGACCACGACCACAGACUUCUCGAAGCAGAUCUUCGGCAAGAUCUAUUCGAUCGUAUCGCAGCCAUACCGACGGUUAUACGCACUUCAACGAUGGCGUGGAUGAGGAGAAACACGAUCCGAAGCAGGAGGAUGGAAGUGGUGCAGAAGCAAGCAAAGAAUGGGAAGUAACGUUCGAUGGCGAUGCGGAUCCUUAUAAUCCGAAGAAUCGACCUACGGCGAGGAAGUGGCUGAUUGUCAUCAUCAUCUCGGCAAGCUCACUCUGUGUGACUUGUGCGUCUGCCUUGUACACGAGCACGUACAGGCAGCUAGAGGAAGAAUUCCAUGUCUCCAGAGUUGUUGCCACGCUAGGUCUCACCACUUUCGUGUGCGGACUGGGUCUUGGACCAAUGGUCCUAAGUCCCUUAUCCGAGUUCUAUGGCCGCCGCAUCAUAUACCUCUGUGCCUUCGGGAUGUACUUCAUCUGGCUCAUUCCUUGCGCGCUGGCAAACAACAUCACUUGCAUGUUGAUCGUUCGGUUCCUGGAUGGGCUUGCGGGUAGUGCUUUCCUGAGCGUAGCUGGUGGCACGGUCGGAGAUAUGUUCCAUAAACACCAGUUGUCUGCACCGAUGAUGUUGUAUACAGCUUCGCCUUUUGUUGGACCAGAGGUUGGUCCGGUCAUGGGAGGCUUCAUCAACCAGUUUACCGACUGGCGAUGGUCUUUCUGGGUCCUGGUCAUAUGGGCUGGUCUCCAGUGGUUGCUGAUCUUUGCCUUCGUGCCCGAAACAUACGCGCCGGUCUUGCUACGACGGAAAGCGGCCAAGCUACGGGAAGAGACGGGCGACGAUCGAUGGAAAGCUCCGAUCGAGAUGAUGAAGAAAAGCGUUGCGAAGACGAUCCUAUGGUCCUGCAUAAGACCUUUCCAAUUGUUGUUCUUCGAGCAGAUGGUGCUUAAUCUGUGUCUUCUGUCGGCCAUACUGUUGGGAAUCCUGUAUCUCUUCUUUGGAGCCUUCGCUCUCGUUUUCCAAUCGAAUCACGACUUCAACCAAUGGCAGACAGGGUUGUCUUUCCUGGGAAUUUUCGUCGGAAUGCUGGCAGGUGUCAGCUGUGACCCUGUGUGGCGACGAAACUAUACGAGACUCGUCGACAAGAAUGGCGGAAAAUCCAAGCCAGAGUUCCGGCUUCCGCCCACUAUCGUCGGAGCGAUGAUAGUACCUGUCAGCCUGUUCGGAUUUGGUUGGACGACAUACCGUCGGGUACAUUGGAUUGUGCCGAUCGUAUUUUCGAGCCUGUUUGGCAUUGGGAAUAUAUGGUGCUUUAGUGGAAUAUUCACGUUCUUGGUCGAAGCGUAUCCACUGUAUGCGGCAUCUGCGCUUGCUGCCAAUUCCUUCGCGAGAUCAUCGUUCGCUGCAGCAUUCCCACUGUUUGGAGUCCAAAUGUACAACAGUAAGUGA